CGUGGUGAUGAUGCCCAAGACGCGGCAGGCGCUGGUGGAGUUUGAAGACCCGGAGAGCUCCCGCAGCUGCGUCGACUACUCGUCCACGGGCUCCGUCUACGUGUGCGGGCAGCCGGCCUAUUUUAACUUCUCUACCAGCCAGAAGCUUUGGCGCCCUGGCGUCCCGGGGGAUAACGGCAACAGCAACCACGUCCUGCUCUUCACCAUCCUCAACCCCAUCACCACGGAUGUGCUUUACAACAUUUGCAAACCAUUUGGGCCUCUGCAACGCAUUGUGAUCUUCAGGAAGAAUGGCCUGCAGGCCUUUGUGGAAUAUCCUUUCAACGAGAUGCAUAACCGUAACGACAUGUCCGCCAUUCACGCGACGCGUCUGAAUGUGUUUAAAAAUGACUCUGAGACCUGGGACUUCACCAACCCUGGCCUCAAGCAAGGCCACCAGCAGCCAUCGCCACCGGGCGUCGACUACGGAUCUGGCGGCGACGGCAUGGGCAUGGGCGGUGGGGGAGGAAUGGGCAUGGGAGGAAUGGGCAACCUGGGUGGUACCCAGGGCCAGCACGUGCAGGCCAUGAUGAACCAGCAGGCCGACAACAAGGUCCUCAUUGUGUACGACUUGGACGCCGAACGCUUCAACUGCGACCGCGUGUUUAACAUCCUCUGCCUCUUCGGCGACGUGGAGAAGGUUAAGUUCCUGAAGAGCAAGCCGGGAGCCGCCAUGGUCGAGAUGGGAGAUCAGUACGCCGUGCACAGGGCGGUUUUUCACCUCAAUAUGUCUCAGAUCUUUGGAAAUAAAAUCAACCUCUGCGUGUCGAGGCAGCGGUCGAUUGUGCCGGGCCAGGCGUUCGAGCUGCCGGACGGCACCGACAGCUACAGGGACUACGCAGGUUCUCGCAACCACCGCUAUGCCGACAGCGAGAAGGCGGCGAAGAACCGCAACCAGCGUCCCACCGCGGUGCUGCACUUCUUCAACGCGCCCACGGACAUCACGGCCGAGAUGUUCGCGCAGCUGUGCGACGAAAUGUCGAUUGCGAGGCCCCGCUCUUUCAAAGUGUUUUCUGGAAAAAGUAAGUCCCGCAAAGUAUGUUUAUUAUUUAUCUUACGUGUCAUGGCACAGAAUAAAUCGUGUACUGUAUUCUCCAUGCAAUCGUCGCUUGAUUUACAGCACGACACCAGAUGAUCUGCAACGUGUGCUAUGAGGCCAUG